GUGAAAGCGGCGUUUUGGGGUCUUGUCCGCAACUCCUCAUAUUUGCGAUUAUCAAAGACGUCACGCCCGCUGUUCUGCUAAAGGAGGUUAUACGGACCACAAAGUUUGGAUCAUCAACCUUCCACCUUCUCCCUUCUCUCUCUCUGUCUCUCUCUCUCUCACUCUCUCUCUCUCUCUCUCUCUCUCUCUCUCUCUCUCUCUCUCUCUCUUUCUCUCUCUCUCCUUCCAAUGGCUCAUUCUGUGGUCUCAAUCUUUCGGCUUCUCCGUGGUUCUCUCUCCUUGGGCAGCCGGCCUAUGGUCGUGUUUCCUGGUCAAUGUGUGUGUGCACGUGGGCUGUCAACCCUGGGGGUUCGGUUAAACAGUUCCCGCCUGGACGCCGACGGAAGUGGCCAGCCGGGUACAUGGGACUCUUUUGGGAUCUGGGACAACCGCCUUGAUGAACCCAUUCUGCUCCCGCCCAGCAUCCGCUAUGGAAAACCGAUCCCGCACCUCAGCCUGGCCAACGUUGGCUAUGCCUCCCUCAUAGGUCAUCGCCGUGACAAUGAGGAUCGCCUACGCAUCGCUAUGCUUACACCCGACACGCUGUACUUUGCCCUGUUUGACGGACACGGAGGGCCCCAGGCUGCGGACUUCUGUUCUGCAUACAUGGAGAGAUACAUCAAGGACUGUUUGGAAGCAGAGCAGGAUUUGGAACGUGUCUUAUCAAAAGCAUUUCUGCAGGUGGAUGCAGCACUUGCGUCACAUUUUCAGCACUAUGGCAAUGCAUCCCUUAUGACAGUGGGCACCACAGCGACAGUGGCAUUACUGAGGGAUGGCAUCGAGUUGGUUGUGGGCAGCGUUGGAGACAGCCGUGCUCUGCUUUGUAGAAAGGGCAAAGCCAAAAGGCUCACCAGUGACCACACGCCUGAGAGAAAGGACGAGAAACAGAGGAUUAGACAGAGUGGGGGUUUUGUGACGUGGAACAGUCUUGGCCAAGCCAAUGUCAAUGGACGCCUGGCUAUGACUCGCAGCAUUGGAGACUUUGACUUAAAGAAGAGUGGAGUCAUUGCAGAGCCAGAAACUACACGAGUCACAAUACAGCAUGUUCAUGACUCUUGCCUGAUUCUAACAACUGAUGGCAUCAACUUCAUCAUGAGCAACCAAGAGAUCUGUGAUGUCAUCAGUCAGUGCCAUGACCCCAUGGAGGCUGCUAAUGUCAUCACUCAGCAGGCUAUCCAGUAUGGUUCAGAGGAUAACAGUACAACUAUCAUCGUUCCCUUCGGUGCGUGGGGUAAACCACAGAAUUCUGCAUACAGUUACUCCAUGAGCCGGAAUUUUGCCUCCAGUGGACGUUGGGCAUAAUUAGAAAAAGUGAGGGCUCGUUAAAAACUCUUCUUGUCUCAAACGGUGCCUUCUGGCGUAAGAGCACUUUAUUAGCACAGGGCACUCUUCAAGUUUGUAUUAGGCUGGUAUGCUUUGUUAGUAAAUGACCUUAAGCAAGUUACAAAACGAUUCAUGAAUUCUUCUUCUAGGUCACUGACUAUUUUUACCUCAUAUUCACAAUAUCUCAUUUUUCAGUCAGUAAUGUAUUACAUCAGUAUUGCUACUGUU